AUGCCCGAUGUCUCUACAGAUUUGCCAAACCCUGAACUGCCACUUCCUGAUGAUGUGUCUAAUGCUGCAGUCCCACACUGUGUUGAUCCUGUUGAGGAACCUCAAGUGGUAGAGCUAGGCUGCUCUAGCCGGCUGGACAUCCUGGAUCCCGAGGAGGUCAAGUACAUCGAGAGCCAGGUGAAAGGGGUUAUAGGUCAAUCUGUGUUACUGGAAUGUGGACAGUCUGUGCCCACCAUUUACAUUUGGGGUUUCACCAGACCCGGCUUCAGUGACAUUCGGGCAGUCAUGUACAAUUAUGGAAUGGGCCCCAAGCUGCAGAAAAUGGCCUCCAUAUUUGGUGACGUGAAGGUCCUCUCCGACAGUGCAUCCUUGGUCAUAGAUAACCUGCAUCUCGCAGCUGAGGGAAGAUUCACGUGUCAAAGUUUGUAUGACACCAACGACGGGGCGAAGCUUGUCUACGUCUUCGUCGAUUUACACGUCCUGGUUCCAAUUUCCAAACCAUCCAUUCAGAUGAGCCUCUCGGUUCCAAUUGAAGGGUCCAUGAUUUCAAUAUUGUGUUCUGUGGAGAAUGGAACUGGACCCCUGGAGUACAUUUGGAACAGGCAGGCAACUGUGUCCAGAAGUCCCGUCAAUGUCUCUGAGAGCACAGACAGCCUUCUGAAUCUGACCUCAGUAAACAGAAACCACACGGGCUGGUACACCUGCACGGCCAAGAAUGAGGUGAAUGAAGAGACCAGUGAUCGGGUUUGGCUCGAUGUCAUCUAUGGUCCUGAUCAGCCAGCCAUCAAUGUCACUCCUUACGCUCUCAACUCUGUCGGCUAUUCAGCCAUUGAGCAGGACACCAUCUCCAUGACCUGUUCAGCCUCUUCCAAUCCGCCCAGCCAGUACAUUUGGUUCCACAAUAACUCUCAGAUCUACGCUGGGCAGCAGUUUGUCAUUGAGCGAAUUUCCCGAAGUCAGACGGGAACCUACAUGUGCCUUGCUCACAAUACAUUUCUCAACGCUAGGACCAAGACUGCCAUCGUACUCACUGUCUACUAUCUGCCUGCCGGGAUGCCCAUCUGCACCGUGCUAUCUGUUAAUGAUAAUCGGGAUAUAGCUUUGUGGUGCUCUUGGGAAGGUGGAGACCCGCCAGCGACUCUCCAGUGGGUUAAUACAGCAAGAGAUGGCAUUGACGUCGAGAGAAAAUCCAGUAUUUCAGCAGUAAAGCCAGGACGGGAGACCUCAAACAACAGUACCUAUUCCUGCCGAGCCUCUCACCCAGUUUUGAAGGCAGACUGGUCCUGCAGAGCCACUGCAUUGUUGCCUGAAGGGAAGCCCAAAUGUUCGGCCACUGCCGUGAAAAGUUUGGAAUACACCAUGCUAUCGUGCAGUUGGGAAGGAGGCCUACCCCAGGCUUCCCUGCAGUGGAAGAAUUGGAGAGGCAAUUUCCUGGGUAAAGCUGAACGGUCCAUCAGCAAUCAGGUGCUAAAGUCUAGUCCAACAUACAGUGGCAAGGAAUUUAUCUGUCAAGCAACACAUCCUUUGACCAGGAGCAGGGCAUGCAGUAUCCAACUAGAGGCUCCUGAUCUUCUUACCUCGAGAAAUGCCUUGACAGUGUUUGAAGGGACUGAUGUCCAUCUGACCUGCAUCCUUAAAGCUGCUUAUCCUUCCUCGGAGAUCGUCUGGCAUAAUAAUAGGAAUGAAAGCGUCUGGCUCAUGCCCAGAAAGUACCUCCUGCACCAGGAGACUUUCUGGUCAAACCUCACCAUUCGAGAAACAGAUGGAGACCGUGACAAUGGAACCUAUUGGUGCACAGCAAGCAAUGUGGUGGGGAGUUCCACCCUCAGCAUCCAGCUCCACGUGAAUAAAUACCCCACGCCCCCGAAUGUGACCAUCAGCAAGCUCCUGUACGGCCGCCAGAGAACGGAGGUGGUCCUGGAAUGGAUGACUCGUGGCUCCGGUGAUUUAACAGGUUUCAUGAUACAGAGGAGGCCUGCAAGACGAUCCAUUAGGAUUCGUGGUAGAACCAAGCUGGAGGAGUCCAUCACCAACCCAUAUACCCCCUGGCAUAUUGUCGCUAGUGCCAUUGACCCUGCCAUCAGAGGUCACAAGCUGGGGGGCAUGGACCCCAGUGUCUUAUAUGCUUUCCGUAUUUUGGCUGUCAAUCACAAGACGAAAGGGUAUCCUUCAGAAGUUAAAACUCCAGCUGACCCUCCUUUUAGUGCCUUGCCAGCAGUGAUUGGUGCUGCCGUGGUCGGAAUGCUGGUUGCCGUAGUAGGAACCGUAUUGGUGUUUCUCUACGUUAUGAGGAACCGUGAAAACAUUCCAUGGCUACACGACCUCCUGUUUCAGCGACCACCUAGUGAAUCGCGGGAGCAGAUUAAUUAUCCGGAAGAUGCUGAUGUUACUUCCCCCACUGAGGGAGAAGACAUCCAGGAUGGCAGGGAACAGGCAGAAGGUACCCAAUAG